AUGCAUUAUGGUGCAACACUAAGUUUCUUAAUUGUGAUAGUGGCAAAAACAGUUUCCCAAACUUGCAACGAAAAUGUAACCAUCGUAGAACUAAAGAAUAAAUCUUAUAGAGGUAAAAUUUACAAAGAUGGCGAAUAUUUUGUGGAUAACGUCUCUGGAAUUGAAAAAGGUUGCGUGUGUUUAAAAGAGAUUUGUAUAAAAAAGUGCUGUCAUUUCGGUAAAGGGUACGAUAGUAAUGUUGAUGAGUGUGUCUUCAUAAAAGAUCAGUUUAAUCCGCAAGCCUGGGAGGGAUCUUUAAUGAGAGAAGUUGGAUUUAAUGCUUCCAAGGAAUUUAUUUUUGCUAAAACAAGAAUUAAUUGCACAAAAGACGAAAAAAUAAUUCAGAUAGGUGAUGCAACACAUGAUUACCAAUUAACACUGGAUGGCAAGCUACAGGUCGUAAUAGAAAAUAAUGUUCCUGGAACUUUAAUCUAUUCUCCAGACAAGUAUUGCAUCGAUAACUUUGUGAGAUAUGGCGAUAAAGUCACUGUACAGGAUGCCUUAGUUUGCUUCUCUGAGACUAAAAGACCCAACCACUUAUCACUAAGUGCUACCUGUAUGUUAGUUUCAUGUUUCUUCAUGAUUCUUACAGUCGCCGUGUACGUCUUUCUGCCCGAACUUAGAUACUCUGUUCCUGGUAUGAUUAUGAUUGCAUUAUUGAUGAGUUUCUUUGCGAAUUUCUUCUUUAUGGCCGUUAUGCAAAUUUUGCUUUUGAGGGAUAAUAUCAGUCGACUGUUAUGUACUGUACUGACGUUCGUUAUUUACUUCGCAAUGAAUGUAGGAUUUUUUUGGCUGAAUGUCAUGUGUUACGACGUUUGGAAGAAAUUCAGAAAGUUAAAAGUGUCCACAGGCGGUGUCUCAAGUGACGAGACCACUAAGAUUCUAUGGUACAGUGCGUAUGCAUUCGGCGUACCGACUGUUUUGACCAUACUAUUGGCAACACUAGAAUUCUCCGGCCUGGAAGGUCAUAAGCUACUACCUAAUUUACGCCGCAGAACUUGCUUCAUAUCGGGCACCAGUAAAAUGAUCUACUUGUACACACCAAUGCUGUUGACAUGCUUUUUAAACGUGGUAUUCAUUGCACUGGUAAUUAUUAGAAUCUUACAGAUCAAAAAACAAACCCAAAGGUUACAAAGGAAGGACGCACAACGGUUUCUGGUGUUCAUCAAGUUAUUUAUUCUCACCGGUUUCAGUUGGAUUUUCGAAGUGAUCAGCGCCUUCUACCCGGAGUAUGAGUACUCAUGGCGAUUCACUGACGCUUAUAAUGUUCUCCUUGGAGUCAUAAUAUUUAUAAUGUUCGUCUGUAAAAAGAAAACAUUGGCGAAAAUUGCAAAGAGGUACAGAACGACAUGGGGUCAUUUGGACGCUCCUCUUACUCCAACACCAGAAACUACUACUACUACUACCACAACACCAGAAACUACAAACGUUUCUCCCUUUGGAAGACAUACAACUGCAAAUAUUGAAUGA